AUGUGGCUGGCUCUAGCUUUGACAUCCGUGGUCCAUGGGAUGGUAUCUGGGCGAUGCCUCUUUAAUUUUCCAUAUUCUAAGAAUCCAGAAGCACGGAUGAACAUUAGUGAAAUGGUCUCCUUCUGGGGAUACCCCAGUGAGGAGUAUGAUGUGCUGACAGAAGAUGGCUAUAUCCUUCAGCUAAACAGAAUUCCUUAUGGGAGAAAAAAUGCUGGAAGCCAAGAUGCUGGCUAUGACGUUUGGAUAGGCAACAGCAGAGGGAACACUUGGUCCAAGCGACAUCUGGUCCUGUCUCCCAAAUGGGAGGAAUUCUGGGCUUUCAGCUUUGAUGAAAUGGCUAAAUAUGACCUCCCAGCAACUAUAAAUUUUAUUGAACAGAAAACAGGACAGAAGCAGUUAUAUUAUAUUGGUCAUUCACAAGGAACCACUAUAGCUUUUAUAGCCUUUUCCACUAUGCCUCAGCUGGCUCAGAAAAUCAAGAUGUACUUUGCUUUAGCACCUGUGGCCACAGUUAUAUUUGUUCAAAGUCCAUUUAAAAAGCUCGCAUUCUUUUCUGAGUAUGGGCUUAAGGAGAUGUUUGGCACCAAAGAGUUCCUACCGCACACUGCCUUGGGUGAGCUGGUCCUUUCCAAAUUCUGUGCCUGCUCAAAGACCUGCAAGAGCGUCUUGUCUAUGCUCUUUGGAUUUAACUGGAGUAAUGUAAAUAUGAGCCGAGUAGAUGUGUACGCAGCACACUCCCCAGCAGGGACUUCAGUACAAAAUGUAAUCCACUGGUUGCAGGGAGUUCAAAGUGGUGCACUGAGAGCUUAUGAUGGUGGGAGCAUGUAUAACAGUCUUCGCUAUAGACAGGUGGGUCCACCACGCUAUGACGUGAAGAACAUGAAAGUGCCGACGGCCAUAUGGAGCGGUGGCGUGGACUGCCUGGCUGAUCCCCGGGACGUUGCCCUCCUGCUCCCCCUGGUUAAGAACCUGGUCCACCAUAAGGUGAUUCCCCAGUGGAACCACCUGGAUUUCCUGCUGGGACUUGAUGCAACUGAGGUUUUGUACCAGGAAAUUGUCGACAUAAUGAAGAGGCAUCCAUAA